AAACCACCCGCGCCGCAUCUUGGCCUCACUUUCCAGUUUCUACCCGCACCUCAAAUUCGGUUCUCCGGAGCAGCCGACGGCCUCUCUGUCCCUCACAUCUCGCAGCACCACCGAGCAAGCAAGCAAGCGAGCAUCAAAAUAACCCCCCCGGAAACGCAGACAUCUCGUCGGCUUCUGCCUGCGCACAGCUAAACCUCCGAUUCCAACACUACCCAUGGCGUCCCACAUCAUCCUGCCGCCGGACGACGAGGAGCAGCGGCAGAGGGAUGAGGAGGAGGACGGCGGGCAAUCGGCGUCGGAGCACGCGCCGCUGCCGUUCUCGGCCAUGUGCGUGCGGAUCUCCCGCGACUCGUACCCCAACCUCCGCGCCCUCCGCAACGCCUCCGCCGUCAGCCUCGCCGACGCCGCCUACGCCAAGAUCUCCGAGGGCGACUUCGGCUACGUCCUCGACGACGUGCCGCACCUCGCCGACUACCUCCCCGACAUCCCCACCUACCCUAACCCAUUACAAGACCACCCAGCCUAUUCAACUGUCAAGCAAUAUUUUGUCAAUGAAGAUGACACUGUACCUCAGAAGGUUGUUGUUCAGAAGAAUAGCCGGCGGGGGGUUCACUUCCGUCGUGCUGGACCUCGUCAGAGGGUCUAUUUUGAGUCAGACGAAGUGAAAGCAUGCAUUGUAACUUGUGGAGGCCUUUGUCCUGGACUUAACACUGUUAUCAGAGAGCUGGUGUGUGGCUUGUCACAUAUGUACAAUGUCAACAAAAUAUAUGGAAUACAGAAUGGUUACAAGGGCUUCUAUUCUAGCAAUUACCUUGCUGUGACACCAAAGACUGUCAACGACAUCCACAAAAGGGGUGGUACAGUUCUUGGGACAUCACGAGGUGGUCAUGAUACAAAAAAGAUUGUUGACAACAUUCAGGAUCGUGGAAUUAAUCAGGUGUAUAUCAUUGGUGGAGAUGGAACUCAGAAGGGAGCAUAUGAGAUCUACAAGGAAAUCCGGAAACGUGGCCUAAAAGUUGCUGUUGCUGGGGUUCCCAAGACAAUAGAUAAUGACAUAGCGAUUAUCGACAAGUCCUUUGGUUUUGAUUCGGCUGUAGAAGAGGCUCAACGUGCCAUUGAUUCAGCUCAUGUGGAAGCUUGCAGUGCCGAGAAUGGAAUAGGCUUGGUAAAACUGAUGGGACGUUAUAGUGGAUUCAUUGCAAUGUAUGCUACUCUUGCAAGUCGUGAUGUGGAUUGCUGCUUAAUUCCAGAGUCCCCGUUUUAUAUGGAUGGUGAAGGUGGGUUGCUUCAAUACAUAGAAAAGAGGCUGAAAGAAAACAAGCACAUGGUUAUUGUUGUUGCUGAGGGAGCAGGCCAGGAUAUUAUUGCAAAAAGUAUACCUUCUUCAGAUCAGCAAGAUGCAUCUGGAAAUAAGCUGCUUCUUGAUAUUGGUCUUUGGUUAACUCAUAAGAUUAAGGAUCAUUUCAAGAGCAAAAAGGUGGAGAUGACAAUUAAAUACAUUGAUCCUACCUACAUGAUUCGAGCUAUUCCAAGCAAUGCAUCCGACAAUGUCUACUGCACACUUCUGGCUCACAGCGCCAUUCAUGGUGCAAUGGCAGGAUACAGCUUCACGGUUGGGAUGGUCAAUGGCAGGCAUACCUAUAUACCUUUCUAUAGGGUGACAUCCACACGGAACAAGGUUAAGAUCACUGACCGGAUGUGGGCGAGGCUGCUAUCAUCAACCAACCAGCCAAGCUUCCUGAGCCAGAAGGACAUCGAUGAGGCCAGGGAGGCUGACAGGCUGGCCAAUAAGCCGCCGCUGCCAUCUGGCGCUAACCAGAGUGUGGCAAACGCCUUUGGGCAAUCUGCAUCAUCGUCAUCGAACGGUGAGAUAUAGUGAUGCAGAUGGUCAGUAAUCGUGUGCAGCAGCUACAGCUAUCCUGUUGAGAACCUGUGCCACGCCACGCAGUUUUGCUACCAUACUGAUACACGGAUAGUGUCGGGGUGUUCCGUGAAAUAAGCAGUACUAUUGUAUGCAAACUAUUGCUGAUAAGCUGUUUUUUGCCCUGGCAAAAUCCCUUGUAUUUAUUUCUACGUAGAAUCUGCCGUGCCGCAGGGUCUAUUUUCUUUGCCUGUCUCCUGAUCCAUUUCUUUUCUCUCCGCGCCUAGCAUUCUGAUUUAUACUCCUCUGUUCCUUGAUAUAAAAUCUUCUACUCCCUCCAAUUCA